AUGAGUUGUUUAAGGGAAUUGGAAGGUAAAAUGGCUCAUGAUCAUCACUUUAUUAACCAAGGCCUUGGUCUGAGACGCCAUGUAUGGGUACCUGGUCCGGUCAUCGUCGGGGCUGGACCAUCUGGGCUUGCGGCGGCUGCCUGUUUGAAGGAUAAAGGGGUGCCCAGCAUCGUGUUGGAGAGAUCGAAUUGUAUAGCUUCGCUUUGGCAAUUCAGAACGUAUGAUCGCCUCCGGUUACAUCUUCCCAAGAAGUUCUGUGAACUUCCGUUAAUGCCCUUCCCUGAGGAUUUUCCGAUGUACCCAUCCAAACAACAGUUUGUGGAGUAUUUGGAGGCCUAUGCCAAACGAUUUGGGAUCAAGCCGGUUUUCGAGCAGGAGGUGGAGAGUGCAGGGUAUGAUGAGAGUGUAGGGUUGUGGAGAGUGAAGAGUGUAGGGUUGAAAGGAGAAGAGAUGGAGUAUGUUUGCCGGUGGUUGGUGGUGGCCACCGGGGAGAAUGCGGAGGCGGUGGUGCCGGACAUCAAAGGGAUUGAGAAUUUUCGUGGAGAGGUACGACACACGGCGGAGUAUAGAAGUGGGAGUGAUUUUAGAGGGAAGAAAGUGUUGGUUGUUGGUUGUGGGAAUUCGGGAAUGGAAGUGUCUUUGGAUCUUUGCAAUCAUGAUGCUCAUCCUUCUCUUGUUGUUAGAAAUGCUACUAAAACAUACGUUAUGGGAGAGGCCACAUACACCUUACUAUUAGGAAGCCUUCAACUCAGUCAUUAUAUAACCCAUGUACAUGUCCUACCACGAGAGAUGCUGGGAAGAUCGACUUUUGGGCUGUCCAUGUGGUUGCUCAAGUGGUUACCCAUAAGACUCGUUGAUCGGUUUCUUUUGAUCAUGUCAUGGAUGAUUUUUGGAAGCACCGGUAGUUUUGGACUUGAUCGGCCCCAAGUAGGACCCCUUGAGCUCAAAAGCAAGACCGGAAAAACACCGGUUUUGGAUGUAGGAACCCUAGCCAAGAUCAAAAGUGGACACAUUAAGGUGCAUCCGAGCAUUCAAAGUGUGAGGCAUCAUAGUGUACAAUUUGUGAAUGGAAGAAUAGAAAAUUUUGAUGCUAUCAUUUUAGCAACAGGGUACAAAAGCAAUACGCCCUCUUGGUUAAAGGAGAAGGACAUGUUCUCAGAAAAAGAUGGAAUGCCUCGGAAACCCUUUCCACAUGGCUGGAAAGGUGAAUGUGGGCUAUAUGCAGUAGGGUUCACUAGACGUGGUUUGUUUGGUUCAUCUGCGGAUGCAAAACGAGUAUCUGAAGACAUAGAAAAUUUUUGGAAAGCCGAAGCCAAACAUCUCGCCAUGACCAUCAGACGAUCAUUCACAUUUCAACCCUAG